AUGGUGCGUCAGCUGCACGACGGUAUGAUGGCGCGAGUCACGGACAACGGAGCUGUCUCCGAGGCAUUCGCAGUGACCAACCGGCUGAAGUGGGGAUGCGUGCUGGCACCAACCCUCUUCAGUCUUAUGCUCUAUGCCAUGCUGAUGGACGCCCACCGUGAUGAGCACCCCGGGAUCCGCAUCGCCUACAGGACGGACGGUCACCUCCUGAAUCAACGGCGCAUGCACUUCCAAUCGCGCGUAUCCACAACCACCGUUCACGAACUUCUCUUCGCCGACGACUGCGCCGUGAACACCACCUCGGAAGAGGACAUGCAAAGGAGCAUGGACUUCUCCGCCGCCUGA